AUGUCCGGCACGACCACGACCACGACGGCGGCGACCGGCCCACCAGAAAUCACUGCCGAGUGGACGGUACAUGCGCAGCUCACGCUAUCCUCAUCAACCGGCCAGCAACAACGACGGACUGGGGAUGGUGCGCCGGCGGCCAACAACGACGGCGGCACCACGGAAGAGGCUCCAGAUCGGCCCGGCACCGUCGACGGCGGCACACAGAAGGAGGGAGAUAUAAAUUCUUCACCUCAACGGCACGGUGCAACCGCGGCGGCGGCCGCCUCCACAUCCAGCGGCUCCAAUCCAGUGAAGGUUGUUUAUAAAUUUAGUACGUCGUCGGUGGACAGCCAGCAACCGACAACAACCACCGGCGGCAGUAGCACCACCAUUCCGAUGACGGUCAGUUCACCGUCAACGGUUGGAAAAAGUAAUGUUAUUUUUAACACCGAUCCAUCAUCGGCGGCUCCGCUGCCGCCGACCGUUUGCAUACAGUCACCGACUGGUGAUGAUGGGCCAGCGCCACCAGGGACGGCGACGGAACCGGCUCAGGCUCAGCAGCAGUUCCCUAAGUGUACCAGUACCUGCAGCAUCGUCCUGACGGCGUGUACGGAUCUACUGCCACUGGCGGACACGAUACCGAUCCUGAUCAACCAGUGCGGCUCCACCAGCAAUGUGGUGGCCGAUAAGGGUACAAACUUUCCGGAAAAGUCCAAUACGAACGACGUCAGCUGUCAAACUAGCGACUGGGAGACGCAUCAAAGUAGUGCGGCGAACGAAGCAACCGGUGGUGGUUCGAUACGUCGCCGCACGAAAGCCAUCACAGAUGGCCACCUGCUGUCGCCACCACCGACCAGGCGCGCUGACGAACGACCCUUCGACUCUUCGUUGGUACGCAAAUCACCCGUAUCGCCCAGUGCCGCUGCCGCCUAUCCGGUGCUGUCACCGUCGAACACGAUCCGAUCGCAGCAAUCGGUGGCGUCGGUGUCGGCGGCGAAGAAGAAGCCCCGAACGGUGCACAUCGAUGUGUACUGCACCGGAUCGGACGCGGAAUCGUCCUCGUCCUGCUCCGAUGUGGACUGCAAAUCCUUAUCCUCGCACUCGUCCUGCUCAUCGGGCAGCCGGUUCGACACGAGCCACAUGAUGGAGCUGAAGUCCAGCAAUGCCGCCGCCGCCCAAAACCCAACCGACACGCAAUCGAUCUUCGAGUCGGACGAGAUGAAAGUGCGCCACAAACGUGCCGGAAAGCACGACGUGCCGAGGCGUUUGAUGCAGCAACCAAUCGAUCAAAAUACGCUUUCCACGAUUGGCAGUUUGAGAAAGGGCGACGAUCCGCGCCCGGCUAGUGGUGGGCGCCAUCGACGGAGCGCCACGAACGAUGAAAUCACCGAAUCGAAGCAAAUUCUCUUCAGCAAGCAUUUGGGCGACAUGUCGCGCGUGGCCAAGGUGGAGGAUCUGAGCGCGUACUUUCGGCGCGACGCAAGCGACGACGCGAUCAGCUCGAACUACGCCAUGUCGAACCUGUCGACACGCCGUGACGUUACCGGGAGCAGCCUUUCCAGUGCCCUCCAGUGUGGUGUCGGGGACGAUGAUGAGGAGGACGACCUGCUGGAUGCCGAGGCUGCUGCCGCUGGUCGCGGCCCUACGGUGCGCUUGAAUCGCAGCGGAACCAACGCCACCCAUUCGGACAGUUUCGAGUACGAAAACAGCGAAGAUCGGUUCCGCAUUCACGAGAUGGAACGCGUCUGGAACCUGCAAAAGUGGAAGUCCCCCUCGGUCGAGCGGAAGCUCCUGCUGCUGCACAACCCGCCGCGUCGCCAUUCGUCAUCACCGCGAGAUCCCGCGGCGGUGCACCGCAGGACCUCGCUGUUGCUGCGCAGUGACUCGGAGCACAAUCUGAGCGAAUCGGAUCACAGCUUCGUGUACGACACGGCGGAGGGGCCACCAACGGCGACGGCGACGGAGGAGGCAGCUGCACUGCUGCUGCGGGCUCACGAGUCUAACCCGUCGCUUAACGAGCUGAGCGAUUCCAGUCCGUCCACCGUGAAGAGUGCUUCGCAGCGGGUGCCGGCCAGCGGGGCAGCUCGUGGAACCGCCAUGCUGCAGCAGGCGGCCGUACUGGCCGCAACACUGCAGCGCGAGUUUUCGCCCGUGGAAGGCUACACCAACGAGUAUCUGGCCAUUGCGCGCCGGUUCGGCAGCCUGAUUAAGGGGCGCCGAAAACCGGGCACACACAUGGGCCCGGUGCGCAAUCCCGAGUGCCCGUGCGCCCACUGCCGCCGCUGGGUGGUGGAACGCCGUGACAGUGUCGCUCCCGGCGGCGGCGGCACCGUCGGUAGCGGCCUCCGUGAGCGGGCACUGUCGGUCGAUGAAACGGCUCCGAACAAUAUUGUCGAAAUGCGCCGACAGUUUCACAUGCGCAACCUCUUCUAG